UCACGAGUUGAUUUCCUAUUUCUCUCUUGUUGUGUCGAAUCGGUUACCUUAGCAGACAGAAGCCGAACGUCGAUACAUUAAACGAUUAUUAGCAGGUCGAUUCAUUUUCGGAUGCCGCGCAACACUUUCCGUUUUGUUCUCGGCGACAUAAGGUUUAAAACAUACUUCUCUACAUCAAAUAACGGACUUCGACAACAUGGCAGAUCUUGGCAAGGAUCUGGCAGAACAGCAGCUCUUUUGGAAGACGCUUUUUGAAGAGAAAAAGUUGGCGCCGAAGUUGGCCUUGCUGGCAACUGUUCACGUUGACGGUAUCACGUACGACGACAUGCCCCAAUACGGACAAGUGCAUGUCUCGGUCCAGUCUGCAUCCACUUUGGGGGAUAAUUUCAUGAGCGACACUUUCACCGUGUCUGCCCGAUUGCAGCGACAUUACACCACCAAGACUUAUAGAACCUUUGCCAAGGUGCUGCCCUCCAAUCUGUUGCUACGUCAGGCAGCUUACGAAUCGCACACUCAUCAUCAUGAGAUGCACAUGUAUCUUCAUUUCUUCGGUCUCCUGCGCGAAAUGCAUGUUGGAAAAACCAUCACGCUCGAUGUCCCUGAUAUUUACUACGUCAACAUUGAAGAAAUUGUUCAAGACAAGACGGAUGGCUCAGGCACUUGCAUUCUGCUCGAGGAUCUUUCGUCGCAAGGUUAUUGCAUGUCGGAUAAAUUUGGAGGGGCCGAUUACCGGCACUGCCACAUGGCAUUAACCUCACUGGCCCAUUAUCACGCCUUAACUCUGAAUGCUGUGAGAAAGUGGCAAGACCCGUCCACUGGCGAAUUAUCCAAUUUGCCCCAUUCUGCAAAGUUUAUAACGCAGGAAAAGACUAUUUACGAACUGAGUGCGGUUCAAAUUGCCAAAGACUUUUCCAAGCGGUUGAUUGAGUUUACCCAAGAUGUCAAAAGACCAGACCUGGCCGAAUGGCUUCAAAAGAUGAUGGACGACCGGCUGUCUGAAGUCGUUCUUGUUGAUACGGUGCAAUCGUGUGGACCUUUAGCUUGCAUACUGCACGGGGACUUUUGGAACAACAAUAUGCUGUUCAAGUAUGCGGACGAAGCUCAGCAAGGCGGAAGCGAAUCGACUGACAACAUUCCCGUUUCCUUGAAGCUGAUCGACUUUCAACUUUCGAGAGUUGGCCAUCCAGUUACCGACAUCCUCUAUUUCAUGUACGCCAGCGCCAAGCCAGAGGUAAGACAGCACCACAUGCAGGGAUUGUUGCGUCACUAUUUCGACACGUUGACUGCCGACUUGCAGCUGUUUGGUGUCGCCCUUCACUAUUACACCUGGCAAGACUUUCUAAACGAUUACAAGAAGAGAUCGUUGAUGGCAUUAUUCUUUGGCGGCUUGAUCAUGUCUAUGGGGCUGGCCAAAGCCGUCGUCUCUACGAUGCAACAUUUGGACGAGGAGGAACACCUUAAGGAGCCAAUCAGCAAGGGGACCGUUAACGAAGGUGAAAAACAGGAAGACGAGUUUAGUGGGAAGAGCGCCUCAUUUGAGGAGACGUUGAAGAACAUGAUGACGUCUCACGAACUAAGCGAUAAUCCAAUUUUGGCUGAUCGUCUUUUGAAACUCAUCACGGAAGUCCAUAGUCUACACAACUCGUCGUAAAUGAGACGUAUCAUUGCUAGCGUCCACUUAAUGAAUCAAGUAUUUCGUCAAAACGCAUCACGCUCUCGUUUUCAUUAUUUGUGUGAAACAUUUUUUUUUUUUUUCUUUACCCAAACUAAUACAAAAAGUGUUCCCACGAUGGGAACCGGUAUCGUUUUCGUAUGAAAAUGGCGUACUGAGAACAAACUCGGAACAGGGUGACUGUGGUAUUUUGUGUAAUGUCGACUCGUCGACGAAGACAAAGUUAGGUAGGGGAACAAUAGCGAGGCGCGAUUUAAAGUAGGCUUAGUUGCCAAAUUAGGUGGGCGGUUGUCGCCGGAACAAAAAGUGUCAAACUUGUGCAGCGUAUUUGUGUAAACAACAAUCUGUAGAAUUCCGAGGAAAUAAAAUUCGAAACCAAAA